AUUAAAAUUUUUAUCGCAAAAUACAAUUUUUAGAAUUUAGAUAUUCAGGACUAAGAUUUUUUUCAAAUGGAACUGAAAGACAUCCAUUACAGUAAGGAUGAGUACAUUGAAACUGCAUCUGGGAAUAAAGUGAGUCGACAGUCAGUCUUGUGUGGUAGUCAAAAUAUUGUACUUAAUGGAAAAACGAUAAUUAUGUCGGAUUGCAUCAUACGAGGAGACCUUGCUAAUGUCAGGAUUGGGAGAAAUUGUGUAAUCAGUAAAAGAUCCGUGAUACGGCCGCCAUUUAAGAAGUUCAGCAAAGGAGUUGCAUUUUUCCCAUUGCAUAUUGGUGAUAAUGUUUUCAUUGAAGAAGAUUGUGUUAUCAAUGCUGCACAAGUUGGAUCAUAUGUCCAUAUUGGAAAGAACUGUGUUAUUGGUCGACGUUCUAUCCUCAAAGACUGUUGUGCCAUUGCAGAUAAUACAGUACUUCCACCAGAAACUGUUGUACCACCAUACACAAUGUAUGGUGGUUCCCCAGGAACUCUCACCACUAUGUUACCAGGAUGCAUACAGGAUAUUAUGACUGAUCAUACAAAAAGCUACUAUGAACAUUUUGUUCCAGUCAAAGCAAAGUAGCAAAAUUUGACACUGUUAAAGUGACACUGUUUUAUAAUUCGACACUGUUUUGGUGUUGGCAUUCUACAUAGUUAGUGUUGUUAAUGUGAUUCAAUUAUACUAACACUUUUCAUGUUUGCUUCACUUCAUAAAAACUUACAACAAUUUGUCCCCCAAUUCCAACAGCUAUUAUUGAUACUAAAUUGACAAUUGACCAUAAUUUUUCAAGAGUUUGAACCAGGUCACAAUGUAGCAAUAUUUAAGAAUUGAGAUGAAAUAAAACAAUUUAAAAACUCA